GAAGAAGCAGCAGAAAGAUGUGGACCUUUGGCCUUCAGAUGGUUGUGCUUGGUGUUUUCAUACAGAUGGAAGGUUGCUUCCCAUCAUGCCUCAUUGCAGGCUCCAUCGCCCUGUGUGCGUUUAAAAAUCUCCACUCGGUUCCUCCUCUCCCCCCCCACAUCACCCAUUUGUUCCUGGGGAACAAUAAGAUCAGUGAGAUCAACACCACCUCGCUGUCUGGUCUGGAGGAGCUGCAGGAGCUGGACCUCGGGCAGCAGACAGUGCAGCUCGUGAUCCGGAAUAAUGCCUUCAGCAGACAGAGACGCCUCCGGAGGCUGGUCCUCGACUCCAACCCUGGUCUUCAGCUGGAACCGCUUGCCUUCGCCGGAUUGUCCAGCAUCCAGAGUCUACACUUGAAUUACUGUUCACUUAAUGAGUCCAUCCUGUCAGGAAAAUAUCUGGAACCGCUUUCAUCUUUGCAGACUUUGGACCUAAACUGGAACCAAAUAAAGAGACUCCAACCGUCUCGGUUCUUUGUAAACAUGACCGAUUUGGCUAACUUGAAUCUGGAGCUUAACCAAAUUAAUGAAAUCUGUGAGUCGGACCUUGUUUGUUUCAAAGGAAAACACUUCACACGUUUGAGCCUUAAGGGUAUCUACCUGAGGAACAUCUCAAAGGAGAGCUUUGAUUGGAUGAAAUGUGGGAAUCCUUUCAGAGGAAUGUCUUUCCAGACUCUUGACUUGUCCAACAGUGGACUUGGUGUGGAUCAAUUAAGAAUGUUUUUCAGAGCCAUUAGUGGCACGAACAUAUCUCACCUUAAAAUCUCUGGACACAUAGGGAAAGGAUUCUCAUUCAGUAAUCUCCCAGAUCCAGACCUCCACACUUUUGAAGGCUUGAAAAACAGUUCAGUUCUCUCUCUGGAUCUGUCCAAAAGCAGAAUAUUUGCAUUACGUCAGAGAGUUUUCAGUCCCCUGAAAGAAAUCACUCAAAUUAAUCUUUCUCAAAACAAAGUUAAUCAGAUACACAGAAAAGCAUUUGAAGGACUUCAGAACAAUUUGAAAAUACUCAACCUGUCACACAAUCUGCUCGGAGAAAUCUAUGCUUACACCUUUUCCUCUCUCACAAACCUGGAAAUUUUAGAUUUAUCUCACAAUCAUGUGGGUGUUUUGGGUUAUGGCUCAUUUACUGGACAUCCGAACCUUAAAUUCCUGGAUCUUUCUGAUAACUCUUUGAGGGAAUUAGGUUUUCCUGCAUCUUUACCAAAUUUAGACAUCCUUAAUCUGAAAAACAAUAGGCUCAUAUCCUCAUCAGUGAAUACUAUCACUCAGUUUGCCCGUAACAUCUCCUAUCUGAAUGUUCAGAACAACAGAUUAACUGACCUGGGGGGUGUUUACAUAUUCUUGAAUCAGAUGAAACGCCUGAAGCAGCUCUUUUACGGAGGUAACACUAUCAAGUGGUGCACACUCAGUAGGCCCAUUGCUCCAUCUAAUGUUGAAGUUCUGGAUCUUCAUGACAGCUCUUUGCAGACCAUCUGGGCUCAGGGUAAAUGCCUGGAGCUGUUCCAGAACUUGGGAAAUGUGACCAGUCUUAACUUAAGCUCUAACGGUCUGCAAGAUCUUCCUCAAGGCAUCUUUAAGGGUCUCACCUCAGUGCUAAAGAUGGACCUCUCUUCCAAUGCCCUGGUAUAUCUCCAGCCUGGUGUGUUACCAAAAAGUCUGGAAACCCUCUACCUCUCUGAUAACUUCAUAGCUUCCCCAAACCCAGCUGCUUUCCACGCUCUAAGCUUCCUAGAUCUGUCCAGGAACAGAUUUUAUUGUAAUGCUGGUCUGAAGAGCUUCCUGACGUGGAUGAAACAGACCAAGGUGAAGUUCCUGACUCCUAUAGAGGAGUUCAGGUGUGAAUUCCCUGCUGGUUUCUAUAAGAUGCCGCUGUUAGACUAUUCUGCUCGGCUAAAAGCAGAUAGAAGCAAUACCUGA